AUGCUGAUGAUUGAUUUUUCGAACAGUCGUGGUGCCGCCUCCGGCAACAAGCUCAAGAUGACCCUCGGUCUGCCUUGCGGCGCCGUGAUGAACUGCUGCGACAACUCCGGUGCCCGUAACCUGUACAUCAUCUCGGUCAAGGGAAUCGGUGCCCGCCUGAACCGUCUCCCCGCUGCCGGUGUCGGUGACAUGGUCAUGGCCACCGUCAAGAAGGGAAAGCCCGAGCUCCGUAAGAAGGUCAUGCCCGCCGUUGUCGUCCGUCAGAGCAAGCCCUGGAGAAGACCCGACGGUAUCUACCUGUACUUCGAGGACAACGCUGGUGUGAUCGUCAACGCCAAGGGUGAGAUGAAGGGAUCCGCCAUCACCGGCCCCGUCGGUAAGGAGGCUGCUGAGCUCUGGCCCCGUAUUGCUUCCAACUCCGGUGUCGUUAUGUAA